AACGUCAUGACCUCGAAGCUUGCUUCGGCGUGUCGUACGACGAGCCAGGUAUACUUUGUUCGGCCUGCCGUAGAGCUGUUUAUCGUUACAAAAAGACAGGAAAAACAUUCUUCCAUGUAAGUAUCUUUAUUCUUAUACAAUUAAAUAUUAUUCUUUAAACAUAUACCUUGUAAACUGCAUUUAACUUACUGACAGUCAGCUAACUUCAGUUGGUCCCAUUGUACUGUAGAUAAUUUAACCCUUUAAAAUAUAUACAGAAUCUAAAUAAUGUACAUUGGUUUUUAAUUGUAUUUCUAUUUUAUUAAAGAAUUCUAUUAUACAUGCAUUAUAAGGCUUGAUAAAAACAAUCAAGGCUGUAAACAUACACCUACAGUAAUUACUAUAAUUUAAUUUACAGCUUGUAGUGGAUUCUGAAAGCAAGAGGGUUGGUAGGCCAGUCAAAAGAAAGCUACAAUUUCCCAAGAAAGCACUUGAUAAUAACUCUGAAUGGAUGGAGGAAUACACCUGCUUUGGCAUCAUCAAAAGAUCUUCCAAUGGUGAAGUUAUUUUACCUCCUGGGUUGUUUGAAGAAAUCGAUGAAAGCUUCAGAAAACUUUCUGAAAGUAUGUCUAAAUAAAAUGAAUGUACAUUAUAGAAUGUAAAGGGAUUAUAACAGUAAUAGGUAGUGCAGGCACUGUAUUAAAGAGGAAAAAAUGGUUUCUGCCUAGGGUGGUCUUUAACAAAGUUAAAAUGAAAAAUACUAUAAUUCUGUUUCUUGCAGGAUGUGACCUUAAAUAUGAGCUUGACAGGGUAAAAGAGAAAAUCUAUGAGGAAUUCAUAAUACAAAAACACCCCCCAAUUUACAACCCAGAUCAAUUCGCUGAAUUUUGCCACUCAGCCGGAGCCGAGAAUAUAUUCAAUCACAUUCUAAUGUCUGUUACCAGUGAGCGGCACUCAAGCUCCCGACAGGAACUCAACAAAAGAAGAACAGUUUGCAUAAUUUACAAAAUGUGUUACUGCCUUAGCCAACUCUGCAACAUCAUGCAAGUAGACCAUGCAAUAUAUUUAAACUCCAAUAAUGUCAACCAAGAAGGUAUGAAUACCGAAUUCCAACUUGGAAAUACCUGCAGCCGAAAAACAAGCAAUAUCAAGCUCAACAAGUUGUCAAAUGAUCACCACAACAACCUAGAAACAUUUUUUUCUGAAGCUAUAAAGAAUGAAUGGCUACUUGUGCUCAUUAUUGAUGAUUUCACAAAAAUCCACACCAAUAGGCGCCCAAACCAUCAACAAUUUUCAAAUUGUAUGAGCAUGUGUACCAUUGUCAUUAAGGCAUUCAAAUCCCUCAAAGCUAUCAAAAAGCCAAAAAAUAUUUCUAAGAUCCAUCAUCAUGAGGGUGUAAAUAUCAAAGCCUGCAUAGAUGCUAUAACAGCUCCAGAGUCAAUGGCACUGCUUUCCAGCACCUACGCAAGUACCAUGCCUCAUUGGUUAACAAAGUCAUUUUUUACCCCUGACCUAGAAAGGCACAUUCUAGAAGAGCACCUUUAUUGUGAUGACAGCGGCGUGCGACACAUGAGGACGAUGGAUAACCUUCAUUUGAUAAACUUUAUGGAACUGCAGCUGAAGUCCAAGGAAGAGUUUGCUACUGCAUAUGAUAUGGCCUUAGCUGGUGGUUUGAAAAAAUAUCUAAAGAAGUUUGUUGUGGUCCAGCCUGGAGAUUGGCCUAGUCAAUUUUAUGGUAGGCAGAUAGUAUAUGAAUAUGUCACCCGUCAGACAAAAAAAUUUCAGAUAAAUUCUGGAAGCAUUACCUCCAAUGGUCCAACUUCAAGUACACCACGCCAACCAAUGUUGAAUGUUCCUGCGCCAUCUAUAACAUCUGUUGUUCCAACCAUGGGCCCACUCCAUAUCUCACUAAACAGCAGAGAACAUAUUUUCAUGAGUUUCAAACCAUUCUUUAGGAAAGUGUACUGUCACCUUUUCCCAAGAUGUAAAUUGGCAGAAACACCCAAGCCAUGGAGAAUAAAUUUGAUUCUAGAAAUAGUUUAUGGUGGUUGGACCCUUAUCAGAGAAAGAGCUAAAGUUUUGUUCCAAUAUUCUAAAGAUCUUCAAUAUGGAACACUUCUUAACCUUCUGGAUAACUACCUCCCACUUGUUUUGUCAAUUUACACAAUAACUUUUAAGACAAAUAACUUUAAGGAAUAUUACAAUGCUAUGGUUAGAAUAUGGGUGAUGUUCGUGUGCCUCAAGCGUCGUCAUUACAACAAAGCACCACUUGUAUGGUUGUCCUGCACCAAUCACUGGGCUAAAAAUUACAGUGAACUGUAUGAUCAUUUCUGCAAGUGGCCAACAAUAUUUGACGAAUAUCCUGUGGAAAAUACACACAGUAUUCUCCGGGCACAGACGAAACCAUCAGACACGGCUGAGAAACUGACAAGUAGGGCCAAAAGUAUUUUUGAGUCCAAACAAAGACAAGCCAACUUCCGUUCUAUAUUUACCCCUCCCAAGCAGUUCAAUUUCUCCCAACAGCAGCUACAGUUUCUAAAAGCUAAAUGUGCACAAUUCUUGACAAGCAUACUUUCAAUGAUCCACAGCAAACCUGGAUCAGCUUCCCUGAGCACAGAGAAGAAAACAAGAUAUGUUUGCUUACCUGAUAUAUUUGGAAUGAUAAAGAUGAAAUACAUAAUUCUUCCACUCGGUUUUAAUGCUACCACAGUUCCAAAUAAAAACUGCAGAUGUGACAAUAAAUCAUGCACCGUUCACAAUCCAAAUGAACCAUGGCAGCUAUUCCAAGGAUGUUGGCACUCGUUUCACAAAACAUGUUUGAAUGGUACGCCUUCCUGUCCUUUAUGUAAGGAAUUGUUGACCAAACAAGUUCAGGAAUUAGGACUGGUGGCUAAAGAGGCAAUUUUACAUCCACGAAAUGACAGA